AUGAAGAUGGAGUUGAGCUGGGCUGAGAUCGCUCAACAUGACAGCAGGAAAUCUUGCUGGAUUGUGAUUGACUCAAAAGUCUACGAUAUCACGUCGUUUAUUGCACAACAUCCAGGUGGCGCAGCAGUAUUGCUUAAACAGGCUGGAUCAGACGCGACAGAGGAAUUCAACGCCGUUCAUUCUCCAGCAUACCUUGAAGAUCUCCCUGCCAAAUGUAGUAUCGGUUUUCUCAAACCAGAAACUAGAAAUUUAUUGAAAAAGGGCAAAAAGGAAGCUUCGACUUCAACUACGCCAGGCAAAGAGCCCGCGGUACCGCACAUAUCCACAUGUGUGGCAGUUUCGGAUUUUGAAGCGCAUGCAAAAGCUGUGUUGAGCAACAAAUCAUGGAUUUACGCAUCAAGCUCUGCUAAUUCAGGCCUGUCAAUGAAAGGCAACAUAGACGAUUGGUCGCUGGUCACAUUUCGUCCGCGUGUUCUGCGCCGAGUGGGGCAGUUUGAUACUCAAACCUCCAUACUGGGACAUAAAACCCAAUUCCCUUUCUAUGCAUCGCCGAUGGGAACGAUGGGUACUGUCAAUACAGGUGCCGAGCCUCAAUUCGUCAGGGGUGCAGUUCGCAAGGGGGUUCAUGCCGUCAUCAGCACGGGUUCGACCAAGACAAACGAGCAGAUCAUGCAAAGUUUGGUUGACGAGCAACAACUCCUCGAUAACCGCAGCCCUUCACGGCUUUUUUUUCAGUUAUAUAUCAAUGUGGAUAGACAGAAAGUGAUUGACUUACUACGAAGAGUCAAAAAAGCUGGCUACAAAGGCUUGUGGAUCACUGUCGAUACUCCUAUACUGGGUAAACGGCUCGCAGAUAGGAGACUUCAGGCCGAGGAAGUACUCGAAGCAGGAUUGGAAGAGGAAAAGAAUAGAGAAGGACCCGAGAAUAGUUUUGCUCCGGCUUCUGGCGGCCGACCAGUACCAGGUGCAUUGAGCCCAAACACCACAUGGGAUGAUCUUGUAUGGAUUAGAGAAGAAUGGGAUGGCCCAAUUGUCCUGAAGGGUAUUCAAUGUGCGGAGGACGCCAAACUUGCCGUUGAGCAUGGUUGUCAGGGUAUUCUUCUGAGCAACCAUGGUGGAAGGCAGCUGCACUCUGCCCCGAGCGCGCUUACGACGCUGCUGGAGAUUCGCACAUACUAUCCCGAGGUCCUUGGUAAGAUUGAAAUAUUUGUUGAUGGCGGUGUCCGUGAUGGUAGCGACGUGCUUAAGGCUUUGUGUUUGGGGGCCACUGGAGUUGGUAUUGGCCGGCCAUUGCUAUAUGCGUUGGCUGCUUAUGGCAGCGACGGCGUAGAACGUUGUAUUGACAGGAUAGUUCUAUCGGAUGAGCUUUCUAUCGCUAUGGGGCUCCUUGGAAUCACAUCACUCGAUCAGGUCCGGCCGGAGAUGGUGAAUGCAAGUCGGAUCCUGAAUACGAUUUGGCGACCAACGUCGGGCUUCAAGAUAUGGAAGAACCUCGUUUCAGCUGUCUGCAUCCUGGAUGCAACGCCAGUUAUCGCCGCAAAGAGCAUCUUGUCCGUCACUCAGCCCGGCAUUCCCAAACUCGGGCCUUUACAUGUCCUGAUUGCGGAUGAUACUCUGAGGCGUCAUACAAAAAUCCAUCUCAAGCCAGAUGAAGCAGUGGCUCACCGGGUGACUAGGGCUUGUGAUCGAUGCCGCGCUCAGAAAUCCAAGUGUGAUGGUGUCAGUCCAUGUGGCAUAUGUGUUCGCAAGGGCUUAAAGUGUUCUUUUAAGAAGGGCGAUGAAUUGAAGAAUAAUGAGCGCGCCCAAAAAUCGCCUCCUGUCGAGAAUUAUACUAUCAAUCGACGCGACAGCAGUGAACCAGCUCGAAAAAGAACUCGUCAUCAUGCAUGGGUUCAGGCAGAUCAAGUAUUGUCAGACCAGAGUCUUGUACCGCAGGUAGUUCCGUUGCAUUCAGCGUCGUCGUGUUCGGGUUUGCAUACAACAUCAGAGAGCGAGAUCCGAGCAGUGCUGCAGCAACGCGAAUUCCAACUCCAAGAAGACGCGGUCAAGUCAGCAGAGCAAGAUCACCUAUCCCAACCGACUUCCCAGCUUGGAGAUCUGUUCGUCCCAUCUGCUGAAGAUGAGUACCUGUUCCCCAGUGACGAGGUCCUGAUCGAUUCGUGGGCCCGUACCCUUGAUGUUGACCAUUAUGUGUGUUUGUAUUUUGUGCAUUUUCACCCUUUUUGGCCGUUUAUCCUGAAAUCCGCAUUUGUACCCAGGAAGGAGCCCCGAAUACUUGUAUUGGCUAUUGUGAUGUUUGGGCUUUGGGUCACUGGAGAAGACCACUUGCGGAAGCUCGCUUGGACUAUCCAUGGCCAUCUACAUGUGAUGCUCAAGAGGCAAAUGAGUAGGUGGAGUAUCUGGCCUAGAAGAAGAGAUGCCUUUUCCAACACUCAGGGAUUAGAAGAUUCUUCUACCAACAACACCCGCUGGCCCCUGGCGACAUACCAGUCUAUUCUUCUUUUCACCAUCUUCGCCAUGACCGCCCAUGAUCCGGAAGAAGCCUAUGAAUAUGUCAGUAAUGACUCGAUAGAGGAAAACACAAACAAUGUCGAUAUUCUGGAGCGCAUUCGGCCUAUUUUCGCCCAUCUCGUUCGCACAUGUCGCACUCAAGGCGCCUUUUACUUUCCGGCCAUGAUAGCCCAGGGCUCUCCCGAAGACCCUUACCUCUUUGCAUGGACGAAUCUUGAAGAGUUAAAGUACUUUGCGCUUAGCUUGUAUAAAGCCAGUAGCUUGUUCACAAGCCUGACGGAUAAUCGUGGUGAUGACAAUAACAACAACGACGACGAAGAACACGACGAGCGCACCAGUACUAGAAUUUUAGUCUCUGACCUGGAAUUUCCAGUUCCUGAUAACGGAUACUUGUGGUCUGCACCGGGUGCCCGUGAAUUCUUCCGUCGCCGCGAACUGCAACUGCGUGAUCCGGCCACGGUAGAGAGGUCGCAGUACAUUCGUGACUCUGGACCAUGGAUAUCUGACAUUGUGGGCGGUAAAGCUAAGGUGUCGCUGGCGCAUAGAAGGAAAGCAUGGAUGAGUCUGGGGCCGUUUUUAGGGUAUAUAGCUGGUGUAGACAUUGCCUGA